CUUCCAUCAUUGAAUGACACCAAUAACAGCAACAACAAUAACCGAGCAGGAGGAGUAGCAUCAUCAUCAUCAACAACAACACUGUCCACAACACAACUUAAUGAAUUUAACAAUAAUAGUAGAGCCGGCGGCGAUGGAGGUGGAGGAGGAAUAGCAGGCGGAGGCAACAAUAGUACAACAUCUGCAAUGGCUGACGCUGAUAUGGGUGUUAUGCAUGCUGCUGCUGCAGCCAACAAUGACAAUAGUCAACAACAGCAGCAACAAAUCUCGAAUAGCAAUAUGCUGCUGGAGGAGCGCAGUGUCAUAAUCGAACAGAAAGAUGCAAAUCGUAGUAGAUUGUAUUUGAAUACACGAGACAAUAGCAACAGCAGUCAACUAACGACUGCGACAACGACAAUAAUCAAGCAAUCACCCACAUCGCCACCUAAUCCAUUAGAUGUACAACAACAGCAUAAUUCACAUCAUAGUAGCCUCGUCCAGCCUGCGGAAAGUCUAUACUCAGCAACAAAUGACAGUCAUACAAGUGCAAAUUUAAAUGAAAACCUGGAUUUGUCAUCAUCAGCAACGUCGUCUCAACAGCAACACCAUCACCAGCAACACCACCACCAUCAACAUCAUCAUCACCAUGCUCCUGCUCUGCUUCCCUCUCAUAAUCAUCAACACCAGCAUCCGCCACAACACAAUGCAAAUUUGAGGCUCAACAAUAGCUUGGCGGCGGCGGUUAGUGCCAACACCAAUCAUCAUGUCUUGGACCAUUGCACACCAGCAACGAAUAUUGUCUCAUAUCCGGCCACACAAAGACACAAACAAGAACUACCCUUGCCUCUAACAACAACGCUGGCCGAAUGUCAACUUACACCCACGGCAAAUGAUGAAGACAUGGUUAUGGGUCAUGCCAACCCUCUGGGUGUCUCCUCGACAACGGAUCGACCACCACCACCCUCAUAUCAUGCAACUACAUUGGGCAAAAUCUAUCAUCCCAAUUCAUCAUCUUCGUCCUCGUGCACCAAUGACAUGGAGACAGAAGCUUUAAGCGUUGCUGCCGCCGCAGCUGUUACUGCCCCACGUUUGAGUGCCUACGAGCAGUUUCUCAAACUCUCUGCCCAGGAGUAUACAUCGGCCGAGAGUGCUGCACUUAAUUUAAGUUCUGCAGCAGCUGCAGCGGCCGCAAUGGCUGCUGCUGCAGCGGUAGCAGCCAACGUCGGCGGAACUAUAACUAUGUGUAACAAUCCCUCCCUUUAUAUAUUACCAUUAACAAAAAUGUAUAAAAAAUGAUCUCAAAAUAAAUUUCGUUAAACACAAUUGGCGCUCAACGAAUGUGAGGACCAUAUAAAAUUUUCGGCCGCUUCAUAUUGUUUGUCGUGUACGUUAUUUGUUUUACUUUAAUAAGAUUAAGGAUUUUUUUUUGUUUUUUGAUUUAUUUCUCUGUUUGUAAUACAAACAACAAUCAAGGAAAUUCAUUAAUAAAAUAUAAGUUUUACAAACAAUAGAAAACUAAAAUACAAACAUACAAAAAAGCAACAAUAAUAAGCAAAAGAAAACAUUUGUUUUUUUAUUUAGUGUAAAUUAUUAUUAUUAUUACUAUAUGCAUAUAUAUAAAAUAUAUAUUAUGAUUAUCUUAUGUGUAUGUGUAAUAGAUAAACUGCAAACAAAAAAUUCUUUUUUAAGAUUUUAAAUCAUUAAAAAGUUUCAAGAAAAACAUAAAAUAAUAAUUUAAAGCAAAGUUAGGCCAAUAAUAAUAAUAAUAAUAAUUAUAUAUAUUUUUAAAAAUCUAUUAAGAACCCUAACAUAAAUGUGUAAUUAUUGUAAAAAUUAAAAAUUAUCAAAAAAGAAAAACAUUUAUCAAAAAAUUCAUUUCAUUGUGAAUUUGUGAACCAUCCACCGUUUUUUAAACAAAUUAAAAUUUAUUUAAAAUCAUUAUAUGUAUAUCUUUUUCGUAAAAACUUAAUUUAUACAAUAAGUCUAAUUUUAGUAACUGAAAACCAAGUUGCAAUUUAAGUUCUUUUGUAUUUAAAAAAAAAGUGAUGACUAUUACUUUGAAAUUUUUGUUUUCUCUAAAUUAUGGAGUUGCUAUAAAAAGUGUGUAAAAAGUAUUUUCUUUUAUUUAAUGACUUUAAAAAUUUAAUUAAUUAUCUCUAUUUAAGUUUUAAACAACUUUCUUUUUCUUAUGCCAAGCACCUUUGAUUUCUUUUUAUUGCAAAUAACACAAUAAUCACCAUCUCCAACAUAGGCUUGGAUUAUUUAAACAUGAAAUGAAUAUAUAUGUAGAAAAAUACCACAAAUUCUAAAGAAAACCAUGUCUAAAUGAGUAACAAAAAUCAUUGAAAAGACCUAAAAAAUGAAAAGGGUAAACCGUAACAAUAAUUUUUUUACAAAAACAUCUCUAUAUAUAUAUAUACACACAUACAUAAAAAAUAUUAAAAACAAAAGAAACAUAUAUACACAUUUAUAAUUAAAUUCAUGUUAUUGAUAAAAGUUAAAAACAAAUCAAAGAAAAAAUUAUAAAAUUUUUGGAAACCCAUAGGAAAUCAUUGUCAUUAAUACAGAAAACAGAAACAAAAUCCUUAUAACAAAAACUAUACUCUACAAAUUGAAAAAAAGGUGAUUACGAAAACAUUUUGCAAAGAUUUUCAGAACCAAACAAUGUUAUAAUAGUGCCUAACAAACAAGACCAUUACGAUCAAAUAUCCCAAAUGGUUUAUAAUAGAAAAAUGAGGACACACAAAUGUUUGACAAAAUAUUAAUUUUUAAAUUUCUCUUGCAGUUAAGCAAAAACUUCAUACCCUAUGAAAUGUUGCUCACCGGUUGCGUAUACACUCCCCCACAAGCCGUCGAUAUUAUAUGGCUCAAAGCCUUCAUCGGAGAAGAGCUGGCAAAAUAUUGAUGCCACUAAUGAUACUCAUUUUAUUUUUUGGCGGAAUAUCGAUUGAUAAUACUUCUAUAGAUAAUCACCAUUUUCCCCGUUGUCGAAGGCGAAAAUCGACCACAGUCGUAGUCGAAGGCGAAUAUCACAUUUCGUGGUAUUCUGUAACUUAUUCGCCUUCAACAGUUUGGUAAUUGAACACUAUUGUAUUAUGGUAAAUCAAAAAAAUUAUAUAAAAGUAGGUUCCAUACUCUUUCGACAAACAGGCCCAAUGUAAUUUAGAAUGUCAUUAACUUAUAUGUCUAUCAAUUUCUUAAAAUUUGACAAUCGAAUUCGAUUCACGUGAUACCAAAUUUUCGUCUUCGUCAACCGUUGUUGAUGUUGUUCUAGCAGUGUGUUGUACACCGAGGCGGCAGCCCUUGCCGAUGAAAGACCCCAUUGGGCCAAUCCGGUAUGUACAACCGGCUGCCAUAGGAAUCUCGACUACUGUAAUACCAUUUAGUAAAAAUUCCGACAUUCGACUACGCCGUCGGCAAAGUUCCGCUAUUAAGUUCGGAAGUGCCAAAAAUUCGAAAAUUUCGAUACCCACCAUAAUGAAUUUAUUAUCCUUUUUUAUAACAACCCUAUCAAUCCUAGUAACAUGCAAAUAUGGACCGAACUGCCGAGAAGCCUUUACAAUUCACAGUCUCAAAUUUCAAGAAAAUCGGGCAAUAAAUCCUCUUGUAAUGGGCUCACGUUCCUAAAUCGACAGAUCGAUUGGUCUAUAUGACAGCCAUAUCGAAAUAUUGUCCUAUCUGGACCAUGUUCGGUUCGGACAACGGAGGGCCUUGUGCAACUCAUUGUUCCCAAUUUUAGCGAAAUUGGCUAACAAAUAUGGGCUUAAGACCCCAAAACCGACAGAUUGGUUUAUAUGGUAGGAAUAUCCAAAUAUAGUUGGGAUUUGUUGGAUUGUACUCGGAUGGCAUUUUAGCAUGACGAAACAAUUAAAGAUGGUCUCAUUUGCAUAAUAACCACAUAUCAUCAUAUGGUGCAAUGCGCCAUCAAGCUGAUCAACGUUUUGCCAACACACACAAAGAACUUUAUGUGCGUGUGCGUAUUCGUGUGCGUACAUGAGCAGAG